AUGUCCUGGUUGUUCAAGAGAGAUCCAGUUUGGAAGUAUUUGCAAAAUGUCCAGUUGGGAACUCAUGGAAGUUUUUCACGCCUUUUAUAUCCUACUUUCUUUCCCCGUUUUGAAUUCCAAGAUAUUGUUUCUCCAGAUGACUUUAUAACCAGUGAUGAGGAGCUUGAUUCCAUUUUAUUUGGAACGUUAAGAGGCCAUGUGGUUGGAAUACGCUACUACUCAGGAGUGGUUAACAAUAAUGAAAUGGUUGCUUUACAACGAGACCCUAACAACCCCUAUGAUAAGAAUGCAAUUAAAGUAAACAAUGUGAAUGGGAAUCAAGUUGGCCAUAUAAAGAAAGAUCUUGCUGCAGCUUUGGCCCAUAUCAUGGACAGCAAGUUGGCACAAGUGGAAGGCAUAGUUCCUUUUGGUGCAAACAAUGCGUUUACCAUGCCUCUGCAUAUGGCUUUGUGGGGAAAAGAAGAAAAUAAAGAAGCAGUUUUGGAUCAGCUAAAGAAACAUGGAUUUAAAUUGCUUCCUCCACCAAAAACUGUAGAAUUCAACUUGGAAAGCUGUUGGGGCUCCGGAAGACCUGGACCAAGUUACAGUGUUCCUGUUCACCCUGCAGUACAGAUGACACCUGAACAGCUUAAAACAGAAUUUGACAAGUUGUUUGAAGAUUUAAAGGAAGAUGAUAAAACUCAAGAAAUGGAACCAGCUGAGGCUGUUGAAACACCAUUACUGCCACAUCAAAAACAAGCUCUAGCUUGGAUGGUUUCACGAGAAAACAGUGAAGAACUUCCACCAUUCUGGGAACAGCGAAAUGAUUUAUACUAUAACACGUUAACAAAUUUUUCUGAGAAGGAACGACCAGAAAAUGUCCAUGGAGGAAUUUUAGCUGAUGAUAUGGGUUUGGGCAAAACACUUACAGCCAUUGCCGUAAUUCUUACCAACUUCCAUGAUGGCAAACCUCUUCCUGUUGAAAGAAUGAAAAAGAAUCAACUGAAGAAGGAAUAUAGAGUUCGUGAACCUGUGAAACUUGAAGAAGAAAACACUGUUGAAAAAGAAGAUGGACCAAUCAAAGCUCUCAACAGCCUUGGGACUGCAGGAAAUUCAGUCAGUGUGGGCAUUGCCUCUAUGGGGCAGGGGCCUAGAUGUAGCAGAGAACCCAGUAUUUCAGAUGUCAAAGAGAAGAAUAAAUAUUCUUUGUCAGACAGUUGUUCCCGCCCGAAAAGAAGGAAAACUGCUUGCACGUAUCUGGAAAGCAGUGAUUCAGAGGAAAUCGAAACAAGUGAAAUACCACAUAAAACAAAAGGAAAACUGAAAAAUGCAAAGUUGGGGAAUAAAAGCAGGGGAAAAGCAGGCAUUUCCCAGAUUGAAGAGGAUUCAGAGUUUGCAUGUGCCAUUACUCCAUCUACUCCUACAACAAAAAAGAAACUGGUGAGAAAGGGAGCAUCAGUAAUGGAGGAUGCAAAGAAAACUGUUCUUAAGGAUAAACCAAGAACAACAUUGAUCGUCUGUCCACUUUCUGUGUUAAGCAACUGGAUUGAUCAGUUUGGACAACAUAUAAAAUCAGAAGUUCACUUGAAUUUUUAUGUUUAUUAUGGUUCUGAUCGCGUUAGAGACCCUGCUUUGUUAUCAAAACAGGAUAUCGUUUUGACCACCUAUAAUAUUUUAACUCAUGACUAUGGGACUAAAGGGGAUAGUCCGUUACAUAGCAUCAAGUGGCUGAGAGUGAUCCUGGACGAAGGGCACGCCAUACGCAAUCCAAAUGCUCAGCAGACGAAAGCUGUCCUUGAUUUAGAAGCAGUAAGAAGAUGGGUACUGACAGGUACUCCAAUCCAGAAUUCCUUAAAGGACUUGUGGUCUCUUCUUUCCUUUUUAAAACUUAAGCCGUUUCUUGAUAGAGAAUGGUGGCACCGAACGAUCCAGCGUCCUGUGACGAUGGGGGAUGAAGGAGGCCUGAGACGUCUACAGUCCCUGAUAAAGAAAAUUACACUCAGAAGAACAAAGACAAGCAAAGUUAAAGGGAAACCAGUUUUGGAGUUACCAGAGCGUAAAGUAUUUAUUCAGCACAUUACACUUUCAGAGGAGGAGAGAAAGAUUUAUCAGUCUGUGAAAAAUGAAGGCAGAGCUACAAUUGGAAGGUAUUUUAAUGAAGGAACUGUCCUGGCACACUAUGCAGAUGUCCUGGGUCUUUUGCUUAGAUUACGACAGAUUUGUUGCCAUACUCAUCUGCUUACAAAUACAGUCUCUUCAGGUGGUCCCACAGGAAAUGACACACCUGAAGAACUAAGAAAGACAUUAAUAAAGAAGAUGAAGUUAAUUCUGAGCUCUGGUUCAGACGAAGAAUGUGCAAUAUGUUUAGAUUCUUUAACUAUUCCUGUGAUAACACAUUGUGCUCAUGUAUUUUGUAAGCCCUGUAUCUGCCAGGUCAUUCAGAGUGAGCAGCCUAAUGCUAAAUGCCCUUUAUGCAGAAAUAAUAUAGACGGAAACAGUUUAUUAGAAUGUCCUCCAGAAGAAUUAGCAUCCAGUGUUGAGAAAAAACCAAAUAUGGAAUGGAUGUCUAGCUCAAAGAUAAAUGCUUUAAUGAAUGCAUUGACUGAUUUAAGAACGAAGAAUCCCAACAUUAAAAGCUUAGUUGUUUCACAAUUUACAACAUUUCUCUCUUUAAUAGAAACACCACUUAAAGCCUCUGGAUUUGUGUUUACUCGGUUGGAUGGUUCCAUGCCCCAAAAGAAAAGAGUUGAAUCAAUACAGUGUUUCCAGAAUACUGAAGCAGGAUCUCCAACCAUAAUGCUUCUGUCUUUAAAAGCAGGUGGAGUUGGUUUGAAUCUUUCUGCAGCUUCUCGAGUGUUUUUAAUGGAUCCGGCAUGGAACCCAGCUGCUGAGGACCAGUGCUUUGACAGAUGCCAUAGACUUGGCCAAAAACAGGAAGUCAUCAUCACAAAAUUCAUUGUAAAGGACUCUGUUGAAGAAAAUAUGCUGAAAAUCCAAAACACGAAGAGAGAACUUGCAGCUGGAGCUUUUGGAACAAAAAAACCAAAUGCGAAUGAAAUGAAACAAGCUAAAAUUAAUGAAAUAAAAACUUUAAUUGACUUAUAA